AUGGCACCAUCAAAAGCUUCAACUCUUUCUCUGUUCACAAUCACUACCCUGCUCCUCCUUCUUCUCCUCCCUCUGCUCUCCCAUGCAGCAUCAUCAUUUGAGUAUCUUAACCAGGUUAAGGGGAGUCGCAAGGGUGACAAUGUCCAAGGCAUCCUAGACGUCAAAAAACACCUUGAAAAAUUUGGUUACUUGAGUGGCCAUUCCCAGAAUGAUGAUUUUGACGACCAAUUGGAGUCGGCCAUCAAAACUUACCAAAUCAAUUACAACCUCGAGGCCACCGGAAGGUUGGAUGCCAAAACUGUGUCAAACAUGAUGAUACCACGUUGUGGUGUGCCAGAUAUCAUCAAUGGUACCACCUCCAUGAUAUCAAGAAAGAUACAGCACCACGAGGGGCUCACAGUUUCUCAAUAUGCUUUCUUCCCAGGAAACCCAAAAUGGCCUUCGUCUAAGUAUCGCCUCACCUAUGCUUUUCUUCAGGGCACCCCAAAUCAGGCCAAAGAUCCGGUUAAACGUGCUUUUCAAACAUGGGCCAAUAACACACAGUUUACGUUCAGUCAGGUCGAAGAAUAUAGGACUCCAGAUCUGACGAUCAGUUUUCAGAGGCGCGAUCAUGGAGAUAGGUAUCCGUUUGAUGGCCGAGGUGGGGUAACCGCCCAUGCUUUUUCGCCAACAGAUGGAAGAUUUCACUACGACGCUGAUGAGAUGUGGGUUGUGGGUUCUGUGAAUGGUGGCAUGGACUUGCAGAGUAUUGCUGUGCAUGAAAUAGGGCACCUUCUUGGGCUUGAUCAUAGCUUUGUUGAAGAUGCUAUUAUGUACCCCUAUCUCAACACUGCAACGGUCAAGCGGAAUUUGAAGCCCGACGAUAUUCAAGGAAUUAAAAACUUAUACAACAUUAAAUAA